AGGGCUCAUUGUGUUGGAUGCAAGUGAGGCUGCGGUGGAGUGUGCUGUUUUGUUGUAAGUGGAUGUCAGUGUCGGUCUGGAUUACUCCGGAGUAGAGGACCGCUAAGCCUGAAUCAUGCACAUCCUCAUCCUCACCAUUACAGCAAGCUGGGAGUGGGGCAGAAACUGCGCGAGAUACGGAUAGGAUAUUUUUUUUUCAUUCCUACUUUGGUGUUUUUGCUCUUUUAGAUCGAAAGCAUUUGAGACGCUCAAGAUGAAUGAAGAAAGAGAGAAAACUGACCCCGGAUCAAGCGUAGAAUGGUAGAUCUGGAUCUGGAUACCUCGUCCUGCUGGCUUCGUAUCAGUUGUUUGACUGCAUAUUGUCCAGACUGGAAUAAUACCAAUUGAAAAUAAGACAAGAAGGGUAGCUUUAAAAUACACCAUCUACUAUUGUUUUUUUAUUUUUCUGGGGGGUCUUCCCCCCAGCACCCCAUUCUUCACGGAUUUAUUUUUCUCGCUUGUUUGAAACUCUGGAGAGCCUGGAAUACCCUGUUUUUGUUGAAUCAUUACAAUUACUAUUAGAGAUUUUUUAAACAAAAAAGGGGAACAGUUUUUAUCAUCAUGGGGAACGCAGGGAGUAUGGAUUCUCAACAGACCGAUUUCAGGGCUCAUAGUAUGCCUUUGAAGCUGCCAAUGCCCGAUCCAGGUGAACUGGAGGAAAGAUUUGCCAUCGUUUUGAAUUCUAUGAACCUUCCUCCAGAUAAGGCACGACUGCUACGCCAGUAUGAUAAUGAAAAGAAAUGGGAACUGAUAUGUGACCAGGAAAGGUUUCAAGUGAAGAAUCCUCCACAUACUUACAUCCAAAAACUUAAAGGUUAUCUGGAUCCCGCUGUCACCAGGAAGAAAUUCAGAAGGCGAGUCCAAGAAUCCACACAAGUCCUCCGAGAACUGGAAAUUUCAUUAAGGACCAAUCACAUUGGGUGGGUGAGGGAAUUUUUGAAUGAAGAAAAUAAAGGCCUAGAUGUGCUUGUAGAAUAUCUGUCUUUUGCACAGUAUGCUGUCACGUUUGACUUUGAUAGUCUGGAGAACAAUGUGGAAAACUCAGUGGACAAGUCUAAACCCUGGAGCAGGUCCAUCGAGGACCUACACAGAGGAAGCAACUUGCCGUCACCAGUUGGCAACAGCAUCUCCCGGUCUGGCAGACAUUCUACAUUACGGUGCAAUACUUUACCCAGUCGAAGGACACUAAAAAAUUCCCGAUUAGUUAGCAAGAAAGACGACGUUCACGUGUGCAUCAUGUGCCUGAGAGCCAUCAUGAACUAUCAGUAUGGCUUUAAUAUGGUGAUGUCACACCCACAUGCUGUAAAUGAAAUUGCACUAAGUCUGAACAACAAGAACCCAAGAACAAAGGCUCUUGUUUUAGAGCUGUUAGCCGCUGUUUGUCUUGUCAGAGGAGGCCAUGAAAUCAUUUUGUCAGCCUUUGACAACUUCAAAGAGGUUUGUGCAGAAACACAGAGGUUUGAAAAAUUAAUGGAGCACUUCAAAAAUGAGGAUAACAACAUUGAUUUUAUGGUGGCAUGCAUGCAGUUCAUUAAUAUUGUGGUUCACUCUGUGGAAGAUAUGAACUUCAGAGUGCAUCUGCAGUACGAAUUUACAAAGUUGUCUCUGGAUGAAUACCUGGAUAAGCUGAAACACACCGAGAGUGACAAACUGCAGGUGCAGAUUCAGGCUUAUCUGGAUAAUGUGUUUGAUGUGGGUGCUCUCCUGGAAGAUGCCGAGACAAAGAAUGCUGCCUUGGAGCGAGUCGAAGAGCUUGAAGAAAACAUUUCACAUAUGGCAGAAAAACUCCAGGAUACUGAAAAUGAAGCCAUGGCCAAGAUUGUAGAGCUGGAGAAACAGCUUAUGCAGAAGAAUAAAGAUCUGGACUCUCUCAGGGACGUUUACAAAGAUGCCAGUACCCAGGUGCACACGCUGCGGAGAAUGGUGAAGGAGAAAGAUGAAGCGAUCCAAAGGCAAUCCAAUCUUGAAAAAAAGAUUCACGAACUGGAGAAGCAAGGCACAAUAAAAAUCCAAAAGAAAGGGGAUGGGGACAUUUCGAUUCUUCCUUCAAUGCAACAAGGGGCAGCAGCAGUGGCAGUGGCCGGUGGAUCUGAUGCAGCCACAGGUUUGGUGUCAGGCUCACACUUUACUCCCGCUGGCACAGUGUCGACAGUGUUGCCCCCUCCACCUCCACCACCAGUGCCUGGGGCAGUGCCAAAUGGGCCAUCGGCUGCACCACCACCCCCACCGCCUCCUCCACCACCCCCUCCACCUCCUCCUCCUCCUCCUCCCCCUCCUCCCCCUCUUCCUCCGGGUCCAGCAGUCGAAGCCUCACCACCACCUGCUCCUCCUCCUCCUCCUGCAGCACCCCCAUUACCUGGCUCAGGAUCCCCCACCGUUAUCUUCAACUCAGGGUUAGCAGAGGGACCCAUCAAGCUUUUCUCGGUAAAAAUUAAAAAGCCAAUCAAGACAAAGUUCCGCAUGCCAGUCUUUAACUGGGUGGCCUUAAAACCAAACCAGAUAAAUGGAACAGUCUUCAAUGAGAUUGACGAUGAACGAAUCCUGGAGGAUUUAAAUGUGGACGAAUUUGAAGAAAUGUUCAAGACAAAAGCUCAAGGCCCAGCCAUUGACUUGACUUCUAGUAAACAGAAAAUCACCCAGAAAGGACCUAAUAAAGUGACCCUCCUUGAAGCUAAUCGAGCAAAGAAUCUGGCAAUCACUCUUAGAAAAGCUGGGAAAACAUCAGAGGAGAUAUGUAAAGCAAUUCAAAUGUUUGACCUAAGGACAUUGCCGGUGGAUUUUGUUGAAUGUUUGAUGAGAUUCUUACCCACUGAUAAUGAAGUGAAAGUACUUCGGCAGUAUGAAAAAGAGAGAAAGCCUCUGGAGAACCUGACUGACGAGGACAGGUUUAUGAUGCAGUUCAGCAAAAUCGAGCGGUUGAUGCAAAAAAUGACCAUUAUGGCCUUUGUUGGGAACUUCACUGAAAGCAUCCAAAUGCUAACUCCUCAACUCCAUGCAAUAAUUGCAGCAUCUGUGUCCAUAAAGUCCUCCCAAAAGCUGAAAAAAAUACUUGAGAUUAUCUUGGCGCUUGGGAACUACAUGAACAGCAGCAAAAGGGGAGCUGUGUACGGCUUUAAAUUACAGAGCUUGGAUCUGCUCCUGGACACCAAGUCCACUGACAGAAAACAAACCCUGUUGCACUACAUUUCCAAUGUGGUCAAGGAGAAGUAUCCGUUGGUCACCGUCUUCUACAAUGAGCUUCAUUAUGUUGAGAAGGCUGCAGCAGUGUCCCUCGAGAAUGUACUCUUGGACGUAAAAGAACUGCAGAGGGGGCUUGACCUGACAAAACGUGAAUACAGCAUGCACGGCCACAACAACCUGCUUAAGGACUUCAUCAACAACAAUGAGGGAAAGCUCAAGAAACUCCAGGAUGAUGCCAAGAUUGCACAGGAUGCAUUUGACGAAGUAGUAAAAUACUUUGGAGAAAACCCCAAGACUACCCCUCCAUCUGUCUUCUUUCCGGUCUUUGUCAGAUUUGUAAAAGCAUACAGGCAAGCUGAGGAAGAUAAUGAACAACGGAAGAAGCAGGAACAGGCACUAAUGGAGAAGUUGUUGGAGCAGGAGGCUCUGAUGGAGCAGCAAGACCAAAAGUCCCCUUCACACAAAAAUAAGAGGCAACAGCAAGAGUUAAUUGCAGAGCUGAGGCGGAAGCAAGUUAAAGAUAACAGACACGUUUACGAGGGAAAAGAUGGAGCUAUUGAGGACAUCAUUACAGAUCUUAGGAAUCAACCCUACCGACGAGCUGAUGCGGUGAGGAGAAGUGUGAGGCGACGCUUUGAUGACCAGACCUUGCGCUCAAUGAGCAAUUCAGAAGUCGCCAUGUGAGCGGGAGAAAUGUGUGUGUCAGGACAAGUGAGUGCUUGUGAGCGAAUGUCGUGCCCUCUGGGUGAAGAGUUAAGUCCCAGCGAAUCUGCAGACGUGAUCCAGUUUGGGGGAAACUGAGGAAGACAAGGGGAACUCAGGCUCUCGUUUAGAGUCUGGGAGAAAAAAAAAGAAAAAACGAAACAAAACCUGCACGAGCAUUUUGAAGCCAAGUGCCUAAAUUAAGAUGAUCUGUUGUUUACUAAAAGCAAUAUGACUCAACCCGGCUUUACAUUUUAAUUUUGAGCAUCAAUAGUUCUUUGCAAACCUGAGACUUAGACACACACGUCUGUAUACUUUUUCAGUUUUAAGAAUGUAAUGGCCAAAGUUUCCUGAUUCUUCAGAAAGGUGUUUUCCCCCAUAACAGCUUUGUUACUACAGUACAUUCCGGUGCUAAUACAUUAAAGAAGUGUGCUUUUAAUGGCACAUUCUCAUUAGCUGUUUAUUACCCAAGGGCUAAUGGGGUGCUACUCAUAUCACUAGUGUCAUGAACGACACAAAGCAACGAUGCAACCAGGUAUCCAUCACUCAAGCACUGGUGCAAAAUAAUCAAUCUUAACACUUCUACACUCAUCACUGCACGCCACACACUAACAGAAUGUUACAAAACUGGCCAAUUUGGAUCUCUCUCUCUUAAAAUUAAGACAAAAGGAUGUUAAAUGUGAAUUGUAUAUAGGAUCCUCUGUAUUAAGGUAUUAACAUCUCAUUAAGCAGUGUUAUCUAGGCUUUCCAAGGACCAAUAUUUUAAAACUGUACAGUUCUAGGCAGUAUCUACGCAAGUUGACCUCAAGUGCCAUGCCUGCCCGGUGCAAAAUAAUCAAUUAAUUUUUUAUAUGAUUCCAUAUUUGAUGCACCGUAGACUCGGAUGACCUUUGGGAAAUUUGCUCUUAAAAAAAAGUUUGUUACACAAAAACAAGGCAUGGCACUUCAGACUGCUUUGGUAGCAUAGCAAAUAAGGACUGGAGUCUGUUUUUGUUUUUAUCUCUAAAAAAAAAUAAAAUACGUGCUUUGCUAACAACUAAAUCUCAUUGAGUCAUUCGAUAUGUUUAUAGUAAAAGGUAUAAUGUAUAGUAUUUAACCACUGAACUUUAUUUCAUGUUGCUCAUGUGAACCACUUUGUGUCAUUGGCAUUUUUUUACAAUGUGUAGUUAUAUUAAGGAAAGAAAAACUUUUCUAAAAUGUACAGAUAUUUUGCUACAAAUUGGUGCAGUUUUUAUGUUUGUUUGUUUUUUUUUAAACUUCUCUUUAAUCCUUACAUAGCAAAUGGUUAAUAUUGUACAUAUUGUUUAAGAGCAAAUGGACACAGCGCCCUAUGCUAAACAAUCUGAAUGUUAUUUUAACUUAUAGUUUUUUUUUCUUUGGUUUGUAUAUUUAACGAAAAUGUCAGAAAAAAAAUUGGUUUUGCUUUAAUAGACCAGACCUACAUAAAUUACUCAACUUUUCCUUUAAAAGAUGAAAAUUAACGGUUCAACUUCAAUUGUACUUUAUGUGCAAAAUGGAACAUGCCAAGAUUUUUAGUCGUUUUAUGCCUAACGAUAAAUAGGCAUUAUACCGUGGAUGUUAAAGAUGACAGGUUUCUAAAACUAAAAGCUGUAUUACUGGUCAUUUGACCCUAAAUUUACCAUUUUAUAGCAUGUGCAUUAUUAACAAAUACACAUCAGAUAGGUAAAUAUAAUUCUUGACAUUUUACAAGGAAAUUCAUCUUUAAAUAACAAUAUUGGCAUGUUCUAAAUAUAUUUAAAAGACUCCUGCUUAAUUGCAUUAUUAAAGUAGAUUUUAAUAAAGCAAAUUUCAAGUAAGAUCUGGUUUCUCUAUGGCUUUGAGCAAAUAAACUAUUUACACUAC